AUUACUAAGGAUUUUCCCCGGAGCAGGACUUUGAAGAUGACAAUUCAGUAAUGCAGAGGCUGUAUCCUCCCCGGGCCUACCUUGGAAGCUAGAGCUGCAGCUGCCCUUCAGUCAUGGUUGUUUCAAGAUUAAAGGCCAUUUCCCUGUCAUUGCCAAGCCUUUUUCUUCUUGCUUUUCAUCUCUCAGCAUCACAGAAUGUACCUGAAUACUCUGAAGCUGAACAUCAGCAAUGUGUCAGGAAAGAGCACCCCACAAUURCUUUUGAAGAUCUGAAGCCCUGGGUCUCCAAUUUCACCUAUCCAGGUGUGCAGGACUUUUCUCAGCUUGCACUGGAUGCCAACAGGAACCAGCUCAUUGUGGGAGCAAGGAACUACCUCUUCAGACUUAGUCUGCACAACGUUUCUCUUAUUCAGGCAACAGCAUGGGGUUCAGACGAAGACACCAGGCGGUCCUGUCAGAGUAAAGGAAAAACUGAGGAAGAGUGCCAGAACUAUGUGCGGGUGCUGAUCGUCUAUGGCAAGAAGGUGUUCACCUGUGGCACCAAUGCCUUCUCGCCCGUGUGUUCCAGCCGACAGGUAGGAAAUCUUAGCAAAAUCAUUGACAGAAUUAAUGGAGUGGCUCGGUGCCCGUACGACCCCCGUCAUAACUCGACAGCUGUGAUUACAUCACGAGGAGAGCUCUAUGCUGCAACUGUAAUUGAUUUCUCUGGACGGGAUCCUGCGAUUUACCGCAGCCUUGGAAAUGUUCCCCCACUUAGGACAGCACAGUACAACUCCAAAUGGCUCAAUGAGCCUAAUUUUAUUGCUGCCUACGACRUUGGUUUGUUCACCUACUUCUUUUUCCGUGAGAACGCGGUAGAACAUGACUGUGGGAAAACAGUUUAUUCUCGCGUGGCUCGAGUUUGCAAAAAUGACAUCGGGGGCAGAUUUUUGCUGGAGGACACAUGGACAACUUUUAUGAAGGCCAGACUGAACUGCUCCCGGGCUGGAGAAAUCCCUUUCUAUUAUAAUGAAUUGCAAAGCACCUUCUACCUUCCUGAGCAAGACCUGAUCUAUGGUGUCUUCACCACUAACGUAAACAGCAUAGCUGCCUCAGCAGUGUGUGCCUUCAAUCUGAGUGCCAUUACUCAGGCAUUUAAUGGCCCUUUCCGUUACCAAGAGAACCCAAGAUCAGCCUGGCUGCCAACGCUAAACCCCAUUCCCAAUUUCCAGUGCGGGACUCUGAACGAUGAUGGCCCCAAUGAGAACCUGACGGAGAGGAUCCUGCAGGAUGCACAGCGCUUGUUCCUCAUGAACGACGUGGUGCAGCCGGUCACUGUYGAUCCGUACGUGACGCAGGACAGCAUUCGGUUUUCCAAGCUCGUGGUUGAUAUUGUUCAGGGGAAGGAUACUCUCUACCACGUGAUGUAUAUUGGGACAGAGUAUGGGACCAUCUUGAAGGCACUUUCUACCACUAACAGGAGCCUGAGGAGCUGUUAUUUGGAGGAAAUGCAGAUUCUCCCUGACGGACAACAGGAACCAAUCAAGAGUCUCCAAAUCCUGCACAGCGACAGGUCGCUCUUUGUGGGUUUAAAUAAUGGAGUGCUAAAAAUUCCUCUGGAGAGAUGCUCCAUGUACAGAACAGAAGGGGAAUGUCUAGGAGCCAGAGACCCUUACUGUGGCUGGGACAGCAAGCAGAAGCGCUGCACCACCAUUGAGGACAGCUCCAACAUGAGCCUCUGGACUCAAAAUAUCACUGAGUGCCCAGUGAAAAACCUGACAACAAAUGGAAGACUGGGGCCGUGGUCCCCGUGGCAACUGUGUGAGCAUUCAGAUGGGGACAGCACAGGCUCCUGCAUGUGCAGGUCACGUUCGUGUGACAGCCCUCGUCCUCGCUGCGGAGGUCGCGCCUGCGAGGGGGCCAGGAUCGAGGUUGCAAAUUGUUCAAGAAAUGGUGCUUGGACACCCUGGUCUUCCUGGGCUCCGUGUAGCACUUCCUGUGGGAUCGGCUUCCAGGUGCGCCAGCGAUCCUGCAGCAAUCCCUCUCCCCGCUACGGGGGUCGCGUCUGCGUUGGACAGAGCCGGGAGGAGAGAUUCUGCAAUGAGAAUAGUCCAUGCCCAUUACCAAUUUUUUGGUCUUCAUGGGGUCCUUGGAAUAAAUGUAGUGUCAACUGUGGUGGUGGCAUACAUUCAAGACAGAGGUCCUGUGAAAAUGGCAAUACAUGUCCAGGCUGUGCUGUGGAAUAUAAGACGUGCAACCCCGAGAGCUGCCCGGAGGUGCGCAGGAACACCCCGUGGACCCCUUGGAUGCCCGUGAACAUCACGCAGAACGGAGCMCGCCAGGAGCAGCGCUUCCGCUACACGUGCCGUGCCCAGCUCUCCGACCCCCAUGAGCUGCAGUUUGGGAGGAAGAAAACGGAGAGCCGCUUCUGCCCCAAUGAUGGCUCGGCAGUGUGUGAUACUGACUCUCUUGUUGAUGACCUCCUCAAGACUGGUAAGACCUCGGCCCGGAUUAUCAAUGGGGGCUGGUCCUUUUGGGGGGCCUGGUCCUCCUGUUCCAGGGACUGUGAGUUGGGCUUUAGGAUCAGGAAGAGAACGUGCACAAAUCCCGAACCUAAAAACGGUGGCUUGCCCUGCGUGGGGUCAGCGAUGGAGUACCAAGACUGCAACCCUCAUCCCUGCCCAGUUACCAUUUCCUGCACAGCCAGCAGGGAGUAUUCUUGCCUGGUUUCCUGGUUUUCAAGUUUGUCCUCAUGUUUAUGUUGCACUUCUGGUCCAGAAUAGUAAUAAUAGACCAUUAACAACUGUAUUUUCACUUGCUUAUCCUUCUCUGUAAUGAUGAUCAAACCCAAAUUUAAGUGUUGUUAGACAAAUCAUCUCACCUAUUUGCAGUUUCAGCAAUUAUCUACCAUGGCAAUACAGUUUGUGGCCUGUACUUUAAAGUAUUAUUAGCAUUAUUAUGAUACUAAAACUCAAUGCAAAGAUAAAAAAAAAAAAAUAAAAACAAUGCAAACAGAAUGAUGAUCAAACGGGUAGAGCAUAGCAACAGUGGCAAAUACUGCACUCUGUGGCCAAAGAAUGAAAAUAGCUCUGUCCCUGUAAGGCAGCUAUUAGUACUAUUUUGGAAGAUCUCAGUGGCUUUUCACUAAUGUCUGUGCCCUUUUUCUGUGCUGUUUUCUGCCCUUGGACACUCUGAUGUUUUACAAUCUGUUCUGAGUGCAUGAUUCCUAUUUCUCUGUGUCUCCUUCCUUCCCUCCCUCACUUGAUGUGUAUACACAAAUCCUGGGUUUAUCUUGCACUGAGUCAUCAGGUUGUUAAAGAUAUCUCCUGAAAUAAUGUAAUGUGGACCUKCAGAUCAGAUAAUCUAGUAGGCAGACAAGAGGGGUUCAAAGUAGGGCUCUUAAUUGCUUCCCUAGAUUUAUCAUUAACUUGUUACGUGACUCUACUCAGGCAAAGCCUCUGAGCUUCUGUUUCCUGAGCGUUGGGACUAGAAGUCUUGGGGGCCCCCAACAGAAAGAAGCCAUAUAAACUCCGCUUAGGUUUUACAGCAUUUUGUUUCCAAGUAAAUCUGCUCUUGCUGUUGGUGAAGUUUCAGGAAAAAAUGCAAUAGCAGUAAUGUAAGAACAAAGUGACUACCCUAAAGAAUAGUGUGUAUUAGGGCACUUCGUGCUGUAGGCUCUUCUUUUGUGCAGAUUCAUUCUGCAUUCACAGGGUGGAUACAAAGGUUUUUGUUCCCAGGCCCAAAUGCCCUGGAGUACAAGA